UUCGUUUUUCAAAAACCAUUAUUUGUUGCUUUUCACAUUUAAAAUCAAUUCAUAUAACAAUUUAUUUUUAUUUUUUUACAGUGUCCCCAUAUGUAUAUGUGAAGCUUUUGGCUUUCUGUCUGUUUGUAUUUUUCUGGUUAAAUGGACAGAUAGAGAAAAGAGAUUACGAUGUUGAUAUUGAGUGAGAGGAUAUGGUGUGAAAGAAUCACAGGGGAUGAACACCGUGAGAGCUAAAAACCAACAACAUACCCACAUGGAAUUUGUGGGAAUCGGUUACAAAACGCCGAGAAAUCACUCUGUAGCAUUCCCAGAUCUCUAGGUUCUCAGAUUUUCAGACUGUGUGUUUGUUUCUCGAGAAAAUUCCCUUCUUUUUGCUCGUUUUUCCAGCCCAAAUGUUGUCUAUUUACCUUCUGGGGUGGGGAGUUGGUUUGUGAAGUUUUACCAGCUGGGUAGUGUAUGCUGUUUUGUGGCCUGCGUCAAGGGUAGUUCUGAGUCUGUUUCAAGAGUAAAGAGUAAAGGACACUACUGGUAAUGGUUGGUUUGCUUUGUAGGUUCUUUUCCUGGAAAUUGCUUUUUGUUGCAAAGUUGUUUGGAUAAGACAAUAUUGAGAAUUUGAGAUUGUGGGUUCAUGUGAGAAUGGCUUCUGUUAAAGGUGCAUGUGGUGGUUUUGAUAAGUUGGUAAUGGCUGUGCACAGAAAGUAGAGGUACUGAAGUGAGUGUAGAGUAUGGAAAGAAGGGGGUCUCUGUUCUGGAAAGUGGGAUUGCUUGUUUUGACAUUGAUCGAGGGUUCCUCUGCUACUCUCUCUCCUUCUGGGGUAAACUAUGAAGUUGUAGCUUUGAUGGCUAUAAAGAAUGAUCUACAAGAUCCAUACAAUGUGCUGGAGAACUGGGAUAGUAAUUCUGUAGACCCUUGCAGUUGGAGGAUGAUUACUUGCACAUCUGAUGGCUAUGUUUUAGCUUUAGGACUACCUAGUCAGAGCUUGUCAGGGACCUUAUCACCCGGGAUUGGAAAUCUCAGUAACUUGCAAUCUGUGUUGCUGCAGAAUAAUGCCAUCUCUGGUCCUAUUCCCGCUACAAUUGGGAAGUUGGAGAAGCUUCAGACACUUGAUCUCUCCAGCAAUAAGUUCAAUGGUGAAAUGCCCAAUUCUUUAGGGUACCUAAGGAACCUGAAUUAUUUGCGACUAAACAACAAUAGCCUCACUGGACCAAUUCCUGAAUCGUUGUCCAAUAUUGAUGGUCUCACUCUUGUGGACCUUUCAUUCAACAAUUUCAGUGGUUCCUUGCCGAGAAUAUCAGCAAGAACUUUCAAAAUUAUUGGCAACCCUUUGAUUUGUGGGCAGAACUCUGUAAACAAUUGCUCUAAUGUUUAUCCGGAGCCACUUGCUUUCCCACCAGAUGGUGUCAAAGAUCAGUCAGAAUCCGGAAUGAAAAGCCACCAUUUGGCAAUCGCUUUUGGUGCAAGCUUUGGCACUGCCUUUUUAAUUAUAAUCAUUAUUGGGUCACUGGUUUGGUGGAGAUAUAGACACAAUCAGCAGAUUUUCUUUGAUGUUAAUGAUCAAUAUGAUCCCGAGGUAUGCUUGGGACAUUUGAAAAGGUAUACCUUCAAGGAACUUCGGGCCGCAACUGACCAUUUUAGCUCAAAGAAUAUUUUGGGGAGAGGAGGAUUCGGAAUUGUGUAUAAGGGUUGCUUAAAUGAUGGGACUGUGGUGGCCGUCAAAAGGUUGAAGGACUAUAAUAUUCUUGGUGGUGAAAUACAGUUUCAGACUGAAGUAGAAAUGAUAAGUUUGGCUGUCCAUAAGAAUCUUCUUCGGCUUUGGGGUUUCUGCACAACUGAAAAUGAACGACUUCUGGUUUAUCCAUAUUUGCCAAACGGGAGUGUGGCAUCUAGAUUGAAAGAUCAUAUUCAUGGAAGCCCAGUUUUAGACUGGUCAAGGCGGAAGAGGAUAGCUUUAGGUACAGCAAGGGGCCUAUUAUACCUGCAUGAGCAGUGUGACCCCAAAAUCAUUCAUCGUGAUGUCAAAGCAGCUAACAUUCUGUUGGAUGAAGACUUUGAGGCAGUUGUUGGAGAUUUUGGGUUGGCAAAGCUCUUGGAUCAUCAUGAUUCUCAUGUGACAACAGCGGUCCGCGGCACUGUUGGCCACAUUGCUCCAGAGUAUUUGUGUACUGGCCAAUCAUCAGAAAAGACUGACGUCUUUGGAUUUGGGAUCUUACUCCUUGAGCUAAUUACUGGUCGGAAGGCUGUGGACUUUGGUCAGGCAGCCAACCAGAAAGGUGUAAUGCUUGAUUGGGUAAAGAAACUCCAUAAAGAAAAAAAGCUGAAUCUAAUGGUUGACAAGGAUUUGAAGAACAACUUUGACAGGGUUGAGUUAGAAGAAAUUGUUCAAGUUGCCCUACUAUGUACUCAGUUUAACCCAUCUUACCGUCCCAAGAUGUCAGAAGUACUAAGGAUGUUGGAAGGUGAUGGCUUAGCCGAAAAAUGGGAGGCUGCUCAAAAGGUGGAGACACCAAGAUACCGGACAUUUGAUCACCCUCCUCAAAGAUAUUCCGAGCUCAUAGAAGAAUCUUCACUUGUGAUUGAGGCAAUGGAACUUUCUGGCCCCAGAUGACAACCUUUAGGUUCUCUCCUCUCUACACAUUCCAUUCCACUGUCGUUAAGUUACCGAGCUUUGAGCUUUGAGAAAUAUUUGAUUGGUGUUGAUAGCUGUUGAAUGCAUGUAUUCAUCUGUAAAAAGAAAUAGGGAAAGCCAUGUAUAAGCAUUUGGUUCUUUGUGAGUAUCUGUGGGUUAAGUUGACGGAGCCUCUGUGGAAAAUUUUGCAAUCAUGUUUGAAAAUUGUAUGUAGUUGAUCUUCUUAUUGAUGUGAGUGGCAGAGAAAUCUAUCCGUUGUGUGAGAUUCGGG